AUGGAACACUCGCGACCAUAUGGCGGCAGAAAGCGAAUGUCGCUGGGCAAUAUUCUCGGUGAUCCUUUUGCGCUGGCUACCAUUUCCAUCUCUCUUCUCGCAUGGUUCAUUACGUUCAUAUCGUGCAUCAUUGCGCAAGUCCAGGCCAACAAAAAUAAAGGACUGCCUGAGAAGGACAACCCCGACGGUAACUUCCCUCCGUUUGCUUGGUGGGCUGUCGUCUACAGUCUGUUCCUUGUCAUUGGUGUUGUAGUGGUUGUCGCCAGCGAUGCUAUCCAAACAUACCAUGUUGCCGUUACUGGUUAUCUGGCUGGGGGUAUGGUUUUGGUGACAUCUGGAGUCAAUUCCCUGGUCUAUUCCAAGAAUGGGGCCAGAGAGGCAGCGGCUGCUGGCUUCAUACUCCUGUCCAUGGUCGUAAUUGUUUGGAUCUUCUACUUCGGCUCGACGCCUUCUUCAACACCGCGGGCGUUUUUGGAUUCAUUCGCGCUGACCAAGGAUUCCGGCGCGAUGCACAACCAGGCGGUGAACGGUUAUGGUACCGGCCGUCCAGAGACCUCCAACUCUGUUCAGCCGCCCCAGAUGUAUACAUCUGCCCAGCUUAGUGGUUUCGAGAACCCCUCGCCCGUCGGCGGUGCGUCCCAGGCCCCAACCGCACCGACAAUGCCAACAUACGGCAACAACACGCUGCCGUCAAACAACAAGUCCAACGAUGAAGAGGUUCUGCCUCCCAUUGACUACCCAUAUCAGGCCAAGGCCAUCUACAGCUACGAGGCCAAUCCUUCAGACGCAAAUGAGAUUUCGUUCAGCAAGCAUGAAAUCCUGGAUGUAUCCGACGUCAGUGGACGGUGGUGGCAGGCCCGAAGACGAGGCACCAACGAAAUUGGAAUCGCUCCGAGCAACUACCUCAUUCUAUUAUGA